AUGGGAAGGACCAUCUUUCAGAGUGCGUGUGGCGCAAGCUUCGGGAACGUUACCAUCUCGGACCUUGACUACGCCGAUGAUGUGGCCAUUCUUGCAGAGAUCAUGCAGGCCCUUCACCUUGCACUCCAAAUCAUGGACUCAGAAACCAGACCUCUUGGACUGCAGAUCAGCUGGCAGAAAACAAAGGUCCAGAGUCUGAGUGACUACCAACUCCCUCCUACCAACCUCAUGAUCGAGUCCAACACCGUAGAAGUGGUGGAUAAGUUCACCUACUUAGGAAGUACCAUCUCCUCCGACUGUAGAAACACCGCCGACAUCAAGAUCCGUAUCGGCCGCUCGUCUGCAGCAAUGGCUAGUCUUAGCCACAUCUGGUCCAAUCCCCGGAUCUCCACUGACACCAAGAUCAGGCUCUAUAACAGCUUAGUGCUCUCUGUCCUACUCUAUGGUGCAGAGGAGCGCCAUCUGGACACCUUUGACCAAAAGUGCCUGCGGAGGAUCCUUGGCUUCCGCUGGUAUGACUUCGUCUCCAACUCCACGGUACGCCAAAGAACUGGUCAGCCGCCCGUCUCCCAUAAGAUCAGACAGGCCCGCCUGCGACUCUUUGGCCACCUAGCCAGAGCCGACCCCCCCCUGGAAGCUGCCAGUCUACUGAGGGCAACCACGCCUGCAGGCUGGUCCAGACCCAGAGGCAGACCCAGACGUAGGUGGGGAGACCAGCUGAAUGCAGACUUCAGCACAGUGGGCCUUGAUGUAGCCACAGCCUGGCAGAGGGCGCAGGACAGAACUGGCUGGGAGACAACUUGGAGAGGCGCAACGCUCCCCGGAGCAUGCGUUCCUGAGUGA